UCAAAUUGGUAUCUAUAAACCUUAGCGGUUACUUAGUGGUUAGUGCAGUUUGUUUAUCUGUUUAUUGUAAUUUGCAAGGUAUUUCUUGUGACAACUUUUAAGUAUUCUUGUAUUGUUCACGUUGGAAUCAGUCAAGACUUAAGAAAACAAAAAUGGCAGGUCGCGCAUUACAUUAUGUAUUCAAAGUAGCCGAUAGAACAAAAACAAUCGAGUUCUACAGAGAUCUUUUGGGAAUGAAAAUUUUGAGACACGAGGAGUUCACUCAAGGAUGUGAGGCUGCUUGUAACGGACCGUAUGCCAAUCGUUGGAGUAAAACCAUGGUCGGAUAUGGGCCUGAAGAUAAUAAUUUCGUGAUUGAACUUACUUACAACUAUAAUGUUGACGAUUACAAGUUAGGAAAUGAUUUCAUUGGAAUUACUUUAAAAUCAUCAACAGUCUUGGAAAAUGCUAAAAACUUAAACUGGCCUGUUACAUUUGAGGAAAAUACACCUUAUGUCCUUGCACCCGGAGGUUAUAAAUUUUAUGUACUCGACGAACCUCAACCCAUUGAUAAAGAUCCUGUUGUAAAUGUUAUAUUGCCAUCUACAAAUUUGGAAAAAUCUGUAAAAUUUUGGAAUGGUAUACUCGGUUUGAACAUUCUUAAUCAGACAUCAACAUACGCGGAAUUAGGAUUUGGCGAUGAUCAAGCCAAACUUCAGUUAAAGGCCAUUGGAGAACCGAUCAAUCACGAAACAGCCUACGGAAGAAUAGCAUUUUCAGUUCCCACUUCAGAUUUAGAACGUUACCAGGAGAACGCUAAAAAUAAUGAGUAUAAAAUCCUUACACCGUUGGUUACUUUAAGUACACCGGGAAAAGCAUCAGUAUCUGUUGUAAUUUUUGCUGAUCCUGAUGAUCACGAAAUCUGUUUUGUUGGAGACAAAGAGUUCAGAGAAUUAUCCCAGUUUGAUCCAAGUGCUGAGAACGAACUGAAUAAGUUCAUUUCUAAAGACGAAGAACGAAAAUUAAAACAAAAAAAAGUUACAAAUUAAAAAUGUUGUUAUCGAGUUAUUACUCACACAGUCAUACACAUCUUUAUACGCAUGUCAUUCUUUAAACAAACUAUUAUAUUGAUGAGUUAUUAAAUACUAUUAAACAUCUUAUUAUGGAUGUAUAAUAUUUCUAUAUGGUGAUUUUUGUAACACAUUCGUCUCGUAUUUUUAUUUUAAAUUUUUAUUGGUACAAUAAUUAUUGCUAUUUGUCAUAGAAAUCACCUAAUUUUUUAGGGAGUUAUGUAUAGGCAACUUAACACAAAUUUUAGAUUAAUGAGGAUUUUUUGAUUGAUGAUUAUUAUUUUUUUUAAUGUUUAUCAACGGUUAUCUGCAUAAUUAUUUUUCUCCAAAUAUAACAGUUGUUUGUUAUACAUUUUUUAAAUAUUUUAUUUAUGUUUUACUCUUUAAAUAUUUGAUAUAAAAAUAGAAUAAAUCAAAAUCUUUUUUUUUUAAA